CAAGCGCCUUUCCGCUGAGUCCGUGCGAAGCGCCAUGCGGCCAUGCGAAGCUUUCCUCUUUGGCUUUGGCUCAUGGAGGUAUCUGCUGAGCCAAUUGAGCGGAUGUUCCGCAUCUUGCAAGCCCUGGGCAUGCCCCGCACAGAGGCGUCCCUCCGCGCGGAAAAUGUGUGCGGCUGGAGCGACAUCUCCACGUGCAACCCCUCGGGGGAUCUCACGAUGCUGCACCUCCGAAACAAGAAGCUGGAUGGGUACGUGCCCGAGGAGUUGACGGAGCUGACCACGCUGGAGAUCAUCCAUUUGGACGGCAACCGCCUCACUGGGCCCUUGCCGCAGUCCAUGGAGAGGCUGGUGAACUUGCAGUCCUUCAACGCGCACGGGAAUCAACUCACCGGGCGUGUCCCGAACCUCGGGCCUUCGAUCUGGUCCUUGGACCUCAGCGGGAAUCGCCUCACCGGGCUGCCAGAGCUGAUGCAUCUCACGGAGCUUCGGGAACUCAAGCUGCAGCACAACCGGCUCUCGGGCUCCAUCCCGGCUUUGGGCCCGGCCUUGAACUUGAAACGCAUCGACCUGAACCACAACUUGCUCUCAGGACCAAUCCCGGAGCUGCCGACGCAACUCAAGUCCCUCGCCUUGCAGAACAACCAGCUGACGGGGCCCGUCCCCAAGUUGCCGCCCUUGUUGGUCUGGGUGGAUUUAAGCCACAACCGCCUCAGCGGGCAGAUGCCAGCAGACAGGCUGCGUGGCCUAUGGCAGCUCCACCAGCUGCAGCUCGAGGACAAUCAGCUCGAGGGGAGCCUGCCGGACCUGUCGGACGUGGUGAACCUGAGGCUUCUUCACUUGGAUCACAACCGUUUCUCCGGGCAAGUGCCAGCCACUUUGUGCCGGCAGCAGCACCUGCACUCCCUGUGGCUGAGUCGCAACCGCUUCAGCGGCAGAAUCCCCGACUGUCUGUUCCACCACCACGGUCUUCGGGAGCUUUUGCUGCACAAGAAUGAGCUCAGCGGAAGCAUCCCAGAAGUGAAGAGGAGGUAUGUGGGGCGCCUCACAGUACUGGCCCUGCAUGACAACCGCCUCACCGGUGCACUCCCCUCACUCUCUGCCUUUCCGAUGUUGGCAGUGUUCACCGCGCACGCAAAUCGCCUCACGGGGGCAGUGCAAGACUUGAUGCUGGCCGAGGGCUGCUUGGAUAACAACAAGUACGCCACUCCGAGCAACCUGCUCUGCUGGGAGUUGGUGGUGCACGCCGGGAUGUGCACUUAUCUGGAAGAGGUGAACAUGACGGACGUCUAUGCCAACUGCCCGGAGACCUGCGGCCGCUGUGGCCAGUACUUCCUUGCGCCCAAGACCACGCUGCAUCGCAACCGCUUCUCCUGCGAGCCCAGCCCCGCCAUCGCCGAUGUGCGAGUCCAAGCCACAGUGGUGAUGGGGAACAUGCUUGGCAUUGGACGAGAUUUGCGGACCAAUUGGAUUGCUGCAGAGGAGCUGCAAGACUUUCUGUACUUCUCCAAGCAGGCGAAGUCCUCGAACCAAGAAGUGGUGGGUGCAGGCGUUGGCCUGACGCUCUUCGCGCUCUUUCGCGGCAGAAGGCUUUGGGCGCAGAUGCAAGCGGCGGAUGGCGACCUCGGCUCGGAGGCGGCGGCGCGGGUGCUGAGGUCCUCGCAGCGCGCCUUGCGCCUGGCGGCGCUCGGCUGCGGAGUUUGCCUGGCCGCGUUGGUUCCAUACGCUUUGGGCGCCAAGUACUACACCUGUGGUCAGCCCUUGGUCAAGGUGACUUUGGCCUACCUCUCGGACAGCCCCGCGCCGGAACUCGCCGUGUCGCUGGUGUGGAUGAUCCAUUCCCUCCUCUUCGCCGCGGAGAUUGCGGCGAUGCCCACGGAAUCCGAAGGCGCUUCGAGGUGGACCUGGAGCUCGGCGCCUGGCCGGGCGGUGAAGUGGCUGCUCUGGCUGGUGCUAGUGGCGAUCCUCUCCUUGCCCUCCAUCAUCUACGCUGUGGCGCAGGCCCUGCCCAAAGAGCACCGCCUGAUGUUUCUGGGCGACUUGCUAGACACGGUGCACCAAGCUGCGCCCUAUGUCAUUGUGCUGGUGGACAUGGCGCUCUCGUUUCAUUUGGCCUCUUGCUUCGGAAACCUCACCGGGUUGCGCCCUGAUCGCUUGCUGAUGUCGCUACGCCUCUGCUCCGCAUGGCUGCUGCCGCUGCUGACCACCGUACUGCUACAUGAGAAUUGCAUUGGGGGCUGGAAGUGGUUCUGGCAUGUGUGCGACGAGAGCCACCCAGACCAUGCCAAGUUCAACUGGUACGUGUACGGCGAACAGGUCUUGAGCACGAAAGAGGAUAUGUGCAGUUUGCACGAGAGCUGGUGGAGCGACGGGCGAUGCAGCAGGGCGGUGGUUGAAGGCCUCACCCCGCUCUUGCUGAAGAAGCUUCUUACUCGCAGCAUCGUCCAGCCCCUGCUUAUGACCGUAGUUUGGCGGCUGUCAGCACUCGAGGCAGAGACGGCGCCAAAGGAGAAAGGUCGGCAUCUCCGGCUGCUUGGCUUCUCGACCACGGGCUCUUUGCGCUCCAUGCAGCAGCAUGCGCACCUCACCACGCUUCUCGAGACGGCGAUUUUCUGGUCGCCGCUGAUUCCUUUGGCUGGGCCCUGUGUGGUCAGCGCGCUCUCUGCAAACCUGCUGCUGUUCCAGCGCGGCCUCGAGCUCGGCGUGCUCGUGCCGGUGGACCCCCAGAACACCCAUGCCUCGGUGUCCAAGUCGUACUUGCGUGUGGUGCUGUUGGCCAGCUGCGGAUUCCAAUGUUGGCACGCCUGGAGCAACGAGAUGUGGGGCUGGCAGAUGUUGCAUGCCAACCUCUUGCUGGUGAUGCCCAGCCUAGUGGCACAUUUUUUCUGUGGAGAGUUUCGUUUUGGAGGUCUCAAGAUUCUUAGGGUGCCAACAAAAAAGGGAAACUAAUAAAUCCGCCAACAAACAAAGAGCCCACGAAAAUUGGUGGCCACGCCCCGUGGGCUGAGGUGUUUAACGCUGCGGAAGUGGAAUCUUUGGACCGCCUUUGCAGCGUCGACAGCUCCGGCUGAGGAGUUAAGUGUGGAGCUACCUGAAAUCACAUGAGCGAACGCCGUCACUCCUUCACCUCAAAGCUCGGGCGUUCGAGAUCUCGCCCUUGCGGGCGCAACUUCCUCGUGCCCACAGCCUCACCCGCAUUGGCACGGGUGGUAUUUCGAGAAGCCCAUCUUCGGAGAGGCGAAGAUGAAGCCCAAAGAAAGUGCUGGAGCUACAAAGCAAGGACUGGAGAUCAACGAGCGGCAGCGUGGGCGUCCAUUUGUUCAGAUCGAUUUCGCUGCGACUCGGCUCGGGCGCCUUCGCGCAUGCGCAUGCCCUCGUGGGUGAACUCUUAUGAUCUGGCGGAGUGAUUUGGGUGUGUCUGUUUUGAGGUUACCUUCUAGGGCAACCGAUUGUGAAGGUGCUA